AGACUGGUUGAGGGAGAGAGAGCGAGGAGGCGCUUUGAAUCGGAAAGGAUUGACUCGGGCAGGGCGUUGGCUGGAGAGACCAGGCUGUGAUCAUCACGUCUUGUUCCCCACUAACUCUAUCCACAGCAGUACUCGUUUUAUCAGGGAUCUCAGGUUUACUUUUUGCGUAGAAAUUGCCCACGGCCAACUCGGUGGAUACAACAUGCUGCUGUUACUGCUUGCCAUCUUCCUCCUCCACCUUAGCACAAUCAUCUUCCUCAUUAUAUCCACGGCUAACAGUGUUUGGUGGAGCACAGACACCUACAGUAUGGACAUUUGGAAACAGUGUUUCCCUGGGAACAACACCUGUGCCCCUGUAGUCUAUAAGGAUUUGGAUGACUGCCUGCAGGCUGUGCAAGCGAGCAUGGUCCUCGCUGUCAUCUUCAGCUGCUGUGGGUUCUUCGUCUUCAUGUGCCAGCUCUUCACCCUGAAGAUAGGCCACCGUUUCAUCUUCACGGGGGUCUUCCAGCUCCUCUCCUGUCUGUGUGUGGUGAUCGCAGCCACCAUCUACACCAUUUACUUCCACAGCAAAGAGCAGACUGGGUGGUAUGGAUCCUCCUACAUUCUGGCCUGGCUGUGUUUUCCCUUGACCCUCAUCAGCGGGGUGAUAUACGCCAUUCUCCGCAAGCGAGACUAAACCUGAGAGCGAGGGAGAGAGAUCGAGAGAGAGAGACCACUGCGAGGGGCUCAGCUGGGCCCUGAGGACGGUUCUUGGAGCCCAAACACGUUAAAUUUUCUUUGAGCAGUUUUUGGAUUUCCAUUUUGGAAAAAGAGGAUGGUAUUUUUUAAAAAUUCCUUCUUUGUUAGUUUUGUUUAGUUUAGUUUGGAGAUGCAGCGCGGAAACAAGGCCCAUUGGCCCACCCAGUCCCUGCCGACCAGCGAUCCCCACACACCAACGCUAACCCACACGUGCACACACACCAACACACCCACA